AAGCCUUCAACUACUUUAGCGCGGAGUCGGCGGCAGAUGGUGGACACGGCCCGGGGCUGCGGCGGGGACAGCGAGGGGAUGCGCCAGCCGCCGCGCCGCUCCGCGCCGCCCCGCGCCUGAGCCCCGCGUGCGGCGGCACCAGCGGCACCAGCGGCACCAGCGGCACCAGCAGCACCAGCAGCACCAGCACCAGCAGCCGGAGGCUCCGCUCCGCGCCCCCUCCAUGAGCCGCCCCGCGCCGCCGCCGCGCCGCGCCGCCGCGCUGCUCCUGCCGGCCGCCCGCUGCCGCAGCGCCCCGGCCAAGCGGCUGCCGCCGCCCGACGGCCCCGCCGAGGAGGCGCCGGCCGCCAAGUGCCCGCGCCUCGCCGACUGCCCCGGCGGCCCCGCCGACUGCCUCAGCGCCCCCGGCUCGCCCUGCGCCCCGGCCUCGCCCGCCGGCGGCGGCGGGGGCAGCGGCGCGGCCGGGCCGAGCCUCAUCGCCUCCUACCUGCUGCUGCCGCUGGCCGAGCGCGAGCAGGUGUCGCGGGCGCUGAGCGUCAGCUCCGGCCGGGAGCUGCGCUGCAAGGUGUUCCCUCUCAAACACUACCAGGACAAGAUCCGGCCCUACAUUCAACUGCCGUCGCACAGGAACAUCACCGGGGUCGUGGAAGUGAUCCUCGGAGACACCAAGGCCUAUGUCUUCUUCGAGAAGGACUUUGGGGACAUGCACUCCUACGUGAGGAGCUGCAAAAGGCUGCGGGAGGAUGAAGCUGCCCGGCUUUUCAAGCAGAUCGUCGCGGCUGUAGCUCACUGCCACCAGUCGGCCAUCGUACUCGGUGACCUCAAGCUCAGGAAAUUUGUCUUUUCUAAUGAGGAAAGGACUCAGCUGCGGCUCGAGAGCCUGGAGGACACGCACAUCAUCAAAGGCGAAGACGACGCGCUCUCCGACAAGCACGGCUGCCCCGCGUACGUCAGCCCGGAGAUCCUCAACACGACGGGGACGUACUCCGGGAAAUCGGCCGACGUGUGGAGUUUGGGAGUGAUGCUCUACACCCUCCUGGUGGGACGCUACCCCUUCCACGACUCGGACCCUAGUACUCUCUUUUCCAAAAUCCGGCGGGGACAGUUCUGCAUCCCCGACCACGUCUCUCCCAAAGCCAGAUGCCUCAUCCGCAGCCUCCUGAGGCGGGAGCCCUCCGAAAGACUCACCGCUCCGGAGAUCUUGCUUCAUCCUUGGUUCGAAGCGGUCUUGGAGCUUGGAUAUACCGACCAGGAAACGGGAACUGCGGAUCAAAUCGUUCCAGAAUAUCAUGGAGACAGUGACGAUAUUAGUUCCUUCUUCUGCUAAUCCUGAAAAUCUCAAAAAAACCCUCACGAUUCUCACGCACGGCAUCUUUUUUUUUCUUUCUUUUUUUUUUCUCUUUUCCACGUUGCAAACUCACAGCAUCUUAAAGUGCCAGUACGGUCAGAAAAGUGACCUUGUUUGAAAUAAAUGUCAAGCAGUAGAUCUGCUCCCUGAGCCUCUGCCGGGUCUCACCUGCUUGCUUUGCUGGCAGGUCCUUGCCGCUGGCCCUGGAGGACCCGUGCAGGAGCUGCCUGGCUCCUCUCCUGCCUCCCAUGUCCUGCACCGCUGCGACCAGCUCGGCUUGGACCGCAGAGCCGUAUCGCUGGGCGAGGAAGAGGCAGAGAGGCAGUUCUUUGAGUUCCCCAUCCUCAGCGGCUAAGGAGGUCCCGCCGGUGAAACGUAGUGGGUGGGGGAGCACAAGGCGCCUUCCUACCUGAGCAAAUCUGACAGGAGUUGGUGAAAAGGGGAGUGGACUUGGAGUGCCACCGUGGCAGUCUCACACAGGGGGUUUCUGACUGUAAGCACACUUUGGCGAGGGCAGGAGGUCUCAAUCCGCCGCCUCCGGCUACCUGUGUGUUGCUCCGGGUGAUCUUUUUCUCUAUAAGUGAAUAACGUGAAGCAGGUCAAGGGCCACCUGUAAGACAAAUCACUACUGUGAUCACUGCUGCAACUCUUCGUGGAAGAGAAAACAGGUGAUCUCGCAGCUGGAUCCCCUCUGAUUUUGGUUGCUGAACAUGCAAGCGUUUUGAACAUACCCGAGCCUAGAGUCACCACGGCAUGGUCCCGGUCAUCUCCUGCCUUCGGUGAGCUUUGCGAGGAGCAGCUCUCGUUGGCUCUGGGUGCCAAAACAUAUCCGUUUACCAAAAUGUAACACUAUGGGGUGGGGAGCCUUCCCUCGGAAAGCAUCGGGCACCUCGUACAGCCCAUGUGAACGCUUUGUGUCUUCCUGCGGGCUCAAGUCUUUAAAGCAUCGCAUCUCCUUUCCUUCUCCCCCCACCAUCCCCAGAAAGAUAGUCUUAAGCAUAAAAUCUCUAUACGUCCUUAGUUGGUUAUUCAGGUAUGUUGUUUGCCUCCAGCUACAUUAUUUUCCCCCUCUCAAAAAAAAACUUUUUUUUUUUUUGCAUGAUUAUUCAUGGUCUUUCCAAUGUGCGUGGAGGACAAGUAGAUCUAAAUCAUUAGCCACCUGGUUUGGGGGUAAGUCAAGCUUAGUCCUGCCUUGAACUUUCUGCUUCGUGUGACGUUUGCGCCCGGUGUAAAGAGAUGUCCGUUCGCUGUAGGUGCGAGCGUGGUUUUGGAAAUGGGUGUUCGAUGGUUAAUGCACGGCCCGGUGGCGGCCAGGUCGCCCCACGGGGCCCGCACGGCACCGGCGGGGGAGAUCGCCCUCAUACCUCAUGGCCUGUGUGCUCUGUACAUACCGUACUGCUCGGGGGGGGCGGGUGGUUUGUGUUUUGUUCCUUCGUUUUGUCGUACUUUGUUUGUCCCAAGAGGUGUCGAAGAGCAAUUUAAUGUGAAUUACUGCUGGCAAUACUAACUUGACAGAAUCAUGAGCAUUAAGAGCGGGGCGCUCCCGCUCUCCGUUGCACUAAACCUCUCAUGAUUGCUUGACAUUUGUAUCUGUGAUACAGUUUAACCCUCCUGAGAAAAGCAGUACCUUGUAUAUACUGGUGGGAGACUCUGCCAAGAAAAGCUAAAAACACUAUGUCCGACUUGUAAAUAUGUGUGUAUAUAAUGUGGAAACCUGGAUGAUACGGUCUGACUUGUAGAAAGUUUUAAUAAACUCGGUUUCAUAA